AUGACGGAACACGAAAACAAAAAGCAGAAACAAGAAGCGUCUGGAAAUUGCGAAGAACAGCAGUAUCUAGACCUGUGUCAAAGAAUCAUUGAAAAUGGCGAUUUCAGACCUGAUAGAACUGGAACUGGUACAUACAGCCUGUUUGCUCCCCCACAGCUGCGGUUUGAUUUGAGCGGUGAUCGUUUCCCGCUGUUGACGACCAAAAAAGUGUUCACUAAAGGGAUCAUUUUAGAGCUGCUAUGGUUUAUUUCUGGAUGCACGGAUGGGAAAAAACUGUCGGAACAAGGAGUCAAAAUAUGGGAAGGAAACGGCUCCAGAGAGUACUUGGACAAGCUGGGAUUGACUGAUAGACGUGAGGGAGAUCUGGGUCCUGUUUAUGGGUUCCAAUGGAGGCAUUUCGGUGCAGAAUAUCGGACGUGUGAUGAUGAUUACAGUGGACAAGGUUUUGACCAAUUGCAAGACGUUAUACACCGCAUCAAAACAAACCCCACGGAUCGCAGAAUUAUUAUGAGCGCUUGGAAUCCACCGGAUUUUGCAAAAAUGGCAUUACCUCCUUGCCAUGUUUUUUCGCAUUUCUAUGUCACUCUCCCCAAGAGGGAGGGCGAAAAGUCAAAGCUGUCGUGUCUGCUAUACCAGAGGUCCUGCGAUAUGGGACUCGGGGUUCCUUUUAAUAUUGCAUCGUACGCACUUUUAACCAAAAUGAUCGCACACGUCUGUGACAUGGAGCCAGGCGAGUUCAUUCAUACUCUUGGCGAUGCGCACGUCUAUAAAGACCAUGUUGAUGCAGUACAAGAACAGCUACAAAGGACACCGAGAUCAUUCCCAAAGUUGAUGAUAAAAAGGAAGGUAAGUGACAUUGAUGACUUCAAAUACGAGGAUUUCGAGAUAACAGAUUAUUUUCCACACAAGAGAAUUCCGAUGAAAAUGAGCGUUUAA